CGAAGUUUAGGGUUCUUCGGGAUAUCCGCAUGGGGUUCCUCGCGAUCACGAGGAAGAAUGCGGCAGCGAGCAUCCGGCUGGUGCGAUUCCUGUCGAUGGAGGCGGAAUCGCUGCUGGUGAGGCGACGUCCCUGCGUCACUCUCCCAUCGCCCUAUUCUCUCAGCAGGGACAUCAGCAGGAGCCGGCUGGAGAGUCCACUCAAGAAGAUUUCGCUGGAUUCCCACAGGAAAGACGUGCUCACCAGCGAUUUCAUGUGGGAGCCCGUGAACGAGGAUCUCCAGUUCGUGGUGGAGAUGACCAAGGCGAUCAGGAAGGGGGAGCUUGGGUGGUGGACCGCCGAGGAGCUGCUAAGAUCAUCCGGAGUGAAGAGGCUGCGGCCAUACCACGUCUGUGAGAUCUUGAAGCAGCGCAUCGGCGAGGAGGCCGCGCUCAAGCUCUUCCGGUGGGCGAAGACGCAGCCAAAGUACUACAACGACACUUACGUCUACAACAUGAUGAUGAAGACUCUCGGGGAUGCCAAGAACUUCCGGAUGAUGGAGGAGCUCCACGCCGACAUGGCCAAGGCCAAGGUCGCGAAGAACGAGAUCACGUACAUGAUCCUCUUCCAGUGCUACUUCGACGGUGGCGAGAUCGAAAAGGCCUUGAAGUUCUUCGAUGUGUUCGAGCACUCGGAGAAGCCGGCCAUGAAGCACUACAAGUACGUGAUGCACAAGCUCGUCAAGGCUGGGUGUUUCCAGGUGGUGCCUCUGAUCUUCAAGAACAUGAUCUGGGCCGGGAACAAGCCGGAUAGAUUUGCGUACAACGUUGUCAUCAACAGCCUCUGCAAGCUCGGCAAAGUUGACGAGGCGCUCAAGUACACCAGGGAGAUGUCCGAGAAAGGCUAUCCUCCGGAUGUCUACACGUACAACUUCGUCAUGGAAGGGAUUGGAAACACCACGAACUUGGAAGCGUCGGCCAAGGUGUUUGAGGAGAUGGUAGCGAACAAGUGCCAGCCCAACAUUGUCACCUUCAACGUUCUUCUCGACACGUUUUGCAAAGCCGGGAAAACUGCUCAAGCCGCGGACUUGGUGAGGAAGAUGGUGUCUUAUGGCUGCUCGCCCGGGGAGAGGGCUUUCAGGAUCCUGAUGGAUGCGUUUGGGAGGUCCGGGGAAGUGGAUGCAGCGCAUACCUUGGUCCGGGACUUGAUGAAGAUGAACUUCUAUCCCAACUCGCUCACUCUCAACGUGAUCAUGACCAGACUAAACAAAGUCGGCAAGCCGGAAGUAGCGCUCGAGCUCUAUUACGAUCUCAAGGCCGCGGGGGGCUUUGUUCACGAUCUCAUCACUUACAACAUCAUCAUCGACUUGCUGGGAAAAGUUGGGAAAGUCGAUGAGGCCUGGAAAGCCUUUGAGGAGCUCAAGCUGGAGCAGCGCCUCGUGCCGGACCAUUACACGUACAACACGAUUGUGGUCAGGAUGGCCAAGGUGGGGAGGCUCCAAGCUUGCUUUGAGCUGAUCAAGGAAAUGGAGGGCAGAAACGUUUCGCUGGACCGCAGCUCGUACUGCAAUCUGGUGGAAGCUUUCGGCCGCGCUGGUCACAUUGACCAGGCAUGCUCGAUGCUGAGGGAGAUGAAAGCCAGUGGACAUAGCCCUCAAAUGAAUACUUUGCAAACGCUUGUGAACCAUGCUCGGAGGCUCAACAGGCUAGAGGUUGUACAGUUGCUGAUGCCAGAGCUGGAGCAAGCAGAGAUGCGGCAGUACCGGUUCUGUGCCAGCAGUUAACGGCCUUUCAUGUAGAGUUUUUGCUUUGCAUCGGCUCUGCUAUAACUAUUGUCGUCAGGAAGGACACACCGUCUCAACGAAUGGAUUUUCGCCAGUUCACCAAGACGAACAUCUCUAUUUAUGAAAUCCACGAGUUUGCGACCAGGACGGUACAUUGAAAUAAAGUUUUGUACCACGGCUCUGAGGAUGCCCAACCAACAGGAUUCAGGCAUGU